AUGCCUGCGCAGUGGCCGGUUGCUGUUAACUUCUGGGCGGACCCCGGCGAUGCACAGGCUACCACAUUCUUGCAGUCUUUGGCGCCUUAUAUGCUGCGCUUGGGGGCCCACGUUCGUUUCCAGACAAUCUAUAAUGUUUUCUCUCUGGAGGGAGGAUCCGAAGAGCUCUGUCUAUCGCAGGGACUCUAUGAGAAAUACCCGCGGCUCUAUUGCUCCUUUGAGCCCAACGCACAAGUCCUUGGCCUCACCGGGAGUGAAGUAGUGCAGGAGUCGCUGCUGCAGUCUUGUUUGUACGACACGACGAAGGUAAUUCCGCCGGAUAUGAAAGAAGGCGAGUUCUCGCGCGAGUGGUGGCUCUACCAGCAGAGGCUUGGCGACCCAAACAAUGGCUGUUCCUUCAACGGGAAUGGGAAGAACGCUUGGGGCCCUGCCUGCUCGCAGCGCGUUCUGUCCGAGGUGUUGUCAGGGGGCCAGAAGCAUUCCGUGGAUUUGUGUAUGGCGGAUGAGAGCGGACGCCGGCUGCUGGAGUUCUCUAAGAAUAACCGCGGCUGGUCCAUUGUCGCCAUGACGAUCAACGGGGCCAGAUACAGCGGGCAGCUUGCUCCUGAGCCGGUCCUUAGAGCCAUCUGUUCCGCCACGGUCAAUCCCAUGACAAACAAAUACAGAGCUGAAGAAUGCAACGAUAUCGUCGUCGACGCACACACUGAAGAGGCGCCGUGGCUGCGUUCGAUGCUAGACUCACGCAACUUUGUCUCUAUUUUGUUUAUGAUAUUUGUAAUUUGUCUUGGUCUGAGCUACUUGUAUUACCGCUAUGCGAAGAAGCAGCUGGCGGCAGGGAUGCAGCAGCGGGUGCAGCACGAAGUGCAGCAGCAGCUGCAGCUCUAUCACCGAAUGGAGGAGGCCCCUGGGAAGCCCGCCGCAGUUGCGUUUUACAGCACAGAUGCAGCAUUUUAUCAGCAUACUCUUCGUAUUAGUACAGACGAAGUCAACUUGCUGCAGCAGCAGCAGAGGCGUGGCGGGGGGGCUGCGCUGUCGCCCGGCGCUCGAACGAGGGCCAAUGGGAGUUAA